CGGCCCUGCGGGUGUACGCGGUGGGAGCGGCGGUGGUCGUGGCGCAGCUGCUGCGCCGCCGCCUCCGGGGCUUCGCGGAGCCAGGUCGUCCCGAAUGAGCGGAGGCCCGGCCGGGGUGGCGCAAUGGAGGGCAAGAGCCUGGAGGGCGCGCAGGCCGAUCUCAAGCUGGUGGCGCAUCCGCGCGCCAAGAGCAAAGUGUGGCGCUACUUCGGCUUCGACACGAACGCCGAGGGCUGCAUCCUGCAGUGGAAGAAGAUCUACUGCCGCAUCUGCAUGGCCCAGAUCGCCUAUUCGGGCAACACCUCCAACCUGUCCUACCACCUGGAGAAGAACCACCCCGAUGAGUUCUGUGAGUUUGUGAAGAGCAACACGGAGCAGAUGCGCGAGGCCUUCGCCAGCGCCUUCUCCAAGCUCAAGCCCGAGGCCGCGCAGCAGGGCGCGCAGGAGCCGCUGGCCGCCAAGGCGGCGGCGCACGGCCACGAGGGCCGCAGGCAGCAGGAGCUGACGGCCGCCGUCAUGGGCCUCAUCUGCGAGGGGCUCUAUCCCGCGUCCAUCGUGGACGAGCCCACGUUCAAGGUGCUGCUGAAGACGGCCGAGCCGCGCUACGAGCUGCCCAGCCGCAAGUUCUUCUGCGGCAAGGCCAUCCCCGAGCGCUACGGCGCCGUGCGCGACGCGGUGCUCAAGGAGCUGGCGGAGGCCGCGUGGUGCGGCGUCUCCACCGACCUGUGGCGCAGCGAGAGCCAGAAUCGGACCUACGUGACGCUGGCCGCGCACUUCCUUGGCCGCGCUGCCCCCCACGGCCUCUUCCUGGGCUCCCGCUGCCUCAAGACCUUCGAGGUGCCGGAGGACAACGCGGCCGAGACCAUCACGCGCGUCCUGUACGAAGCCUUCAUCGAGUGGGGCGUCAGCUCCAAGGUGUUCAGCGCCACCACGGACCGUGGCAAGGACAUCGCCAAGGCCUGCUCGCUGCUGGACAUCGCGGUGCAGAUGCCCUGCCUGGGCCACACGUUCGACGCGGGCAUCCAGCAGGCCUUCCGGCUGCCCCAGCUGGGCGCGCUGCUGGGCCGCUGCCGCAAGCUGGUGGAGUAUUUCCAGCAGUCCGCCGUGGCCAUGUACCUGCUGUACGAGAAGCAGAAGCAGCAGGGCGCCGCCCCCUGCAUGCUGGUCAGCAACCGCGUGGCCUGGUGGGGCAGCACGCUGGCCAUGCUGCGGCGCCUCAAGGAGCAGCAGUUCGCCGUCGCGGGCGUCCUGCUGGAGGACAGCAAUAACCACCACCUCAUGCUCGAGGCCGCCGAGUGGGCCACCAUCGAGGGCCUGGUGGACCUGCUGCAGCCCUUCAGGCAGGUGGCCGAGAUGCUGUCCGCCUCCAAGCACCCCACCAUCAGCAUGGUGAAGCCCCUCCUGCACAUGCUCCUCAACAGCACGCUCAACAUCAAGGAGACGGACUCCAAGGAGAUCAGCAUGGCCAAGGAGGUGAUCGCCAAGGAGCUCUCCAGGACCUACCAGGAGGCGCCCGAGAUCGACAUGUUCCUCAACGUGGCCACCUUCCUGGACCCGCGCUACAAGAGGCUGCCCUUCCUGUCGGCCUUCGAGAGGCAGCAGGUGGAGAACAGGGUGGUGGAGGAGGCCAAGGGGCUGCUGGACAAGGUCAAGGACGGCGCCUACCGCGCCCCCGAGGACCCGGCGUACGCCGCGCCCGAGGAGCCGCCCGUGAAGAAGCCGGCGCCCUCCGCCACGCCGCCGCCGCCCGCCGCCGUCAUCAACGACAUGCUGGCCGAGAUCUUCUGCCCGACGGCGGGCGUGGAGGGCCAGGAGGAGUGGCUCGCGCAGGUCGUCGAGGAGCUGAGCAACUUCAAGUCGCAGAAGGUGCUGGGGCUCCACGAGGACCCGCUCAGGUGGUGGUCGGACCGCCUGGCGCUCUUCCCGCUGCUGCCGCGGGUGCUGCAGAAGUACUGGUCCGUGGCGGCCACGCGCGUCUGCCCCGAGCGCCUCUUCGGCUCCUCGGCCAACGUCGUCAGCGCCAAGCGGAACCGCCUGGCCCCCGCGCACGUGGACGAGCAGGUCUUCCUGUACGAGAACGCGCGCGGCGCCGAGGCGGAGCUGGAGGACGAGGAUGAGGGCGAGUGGGGCCUGGACCACGAGCAGGCGUUCCCCCUGGGCGACGCCGUCCACGCCGGCUACUUCGGCAUCAGGGACGGCGGCCUCGUGUAGCGGCGCGGGGGCGGGGUGGGGGGGGCGCAGGUGACCGCGCGCGGGCGCCCCGUCGGAUGCUUGGCUGUCAGUACUGACCCCGCAGGGCGGAGCGCUGCCCGGGACAGAGGAAAUGCGCCGAAGACAGAGAUGGACCCUUGGUGGGGCUUCGGGCGGCCCAGAGGACGGAGGUGGGGCUUCGGGCGGCCCAGAGAACAGAGAUGGGCUUUGGUUGCCCCAAAGGAGAAACAUGGGCUUUGGGUGGCCCAAAGGACAGAUAGGGGGCUUUGGGUGGCCCAGAGGAUGGAGGUGGGCUUUGGUUGCCCCAAAGGAGACAGAUGGGCUUUGGGUGGCCCAAAGGACAGGUAGGGGGCUUUGGGUGGCUCAGAGGACAGAGGUGGGCUUUGGGUGGCCCAAAGCUGGUGAAAACGAGCGUUUUCUCCGGAGGGGCCCCUUGCGUCCCAACGCAAGGGAAAGAAAUGACUUAUAAAAGCUCUAGAUGUCCGCUGAUAGGAUUGCAAAUGCUAAACUCCGGAACAGAAGCACGGCCGGCAGGGAUGUUUUGCCCCCUAGAUGAUUCCAUACCUGCAGCAUUCGUGUUGUCUGCGAGGGACGCUUUGGGGUAAAUCGGAGAAAGAUUGAAACCGACGGGCGGCUGAGGAUGAAACCCCCUGCGUGUCCUCCGCCGACACCGUCCGUGGAUGUUAGCCGUUGGUCGGUGAAGGAACCCGUUUACACUGUCAUUUACGUGGGAACCUUGCCUCUGAGUAGCCGAGGAGAGACACUUCGGCCGAUGCCCUGUUUUCAACAGACACCAGUUUUAUGUUUGGUGGCAAAUGUUAACAGUGAGCCUGCAAUGCAACCGCUUAUAAAAAAAAGCAGAAAAGA